AUGUAUGAGGACUGCGUCAAGUCCACGGAAGAAUAUUACCUUUUCUGUGACAAUGAGGGGCCAUGGAGCAUCGUUCUGGAGUCCUUGGCGGUGAUCGGCAUAGUGGUUACGAUUUUGCUGCUCCUGGCCUUUCUCUUCCUCAUGCGGAAGGUGCAGGACUGCAGCCAGUGGAACGUGCUUCCCACCCAGUUCCUUUUCCUGCUGGCUGUGCUGGGGCUCUUCGGACUCACUUUCGCCUUCAUCCUCCAGCUCAACCAACAAACUGCCCCCGUUCGCUACUUCCUCUUUGGGGUUCUCUUUGCUAUCUGCUUCUCCUGCCUCCUGGCUCAUGCUUCCAACCUGGUGAAACUGGUCCGGGGUAGAGUCUCCUUCUGCUGGACAACAAUUCUGUUCAUUGCUAUCGGUGUCAGCCUGUUGCAGACCAUCAUCGCGAUAGAGUACGUGACCCUCAUCAUGACCAGAGGCUUGAUGUUUGAGCACAUGACCCCGUACCAGCUCAAUGUGGACUUUGUCUGUCUCCUGAUCUAUGUCCUCUUCCUGAUGGCCCUCACUUUCUUCGUCUCCAAGGCCACCUUCUGUGGCCCGUGUGAAAACUGGAAGCAGCACGGAAGGCUCAUAUUUGCCACUGUGCUCGUCUCCAUCAUCAUCUGGGUGGUGUGGAUCUCCAUGCUCUUGAGAGGCAACCCUCAGCUCCAGCGACAGCCCCAGUGGGAUGACGCGGUCAUCUGCAUUGGCCUGGUCACCAACGCGUGGGUCUUCCUGCUGCUCUACGUCAUCCCUGAGAUGAGCAUCCUCUACAGAUCGUGUAGGCAGGAGUGCCCUCCACAAGGCAACUGCCAGGUCCCAGUCUACCAACGCACCUUCAGGAUGGAGAACCAGGAACCCUCCAGAGCCCGAGACAGUGAUGGAGCUCAGGAGGACGUAGCUCUAACUGCACAUGGUACCCCCAUUCAGCUGCAGACUGUUGAUCCCAGCAAGGAGUAUCUCAUCCCACGAGCUACACUAAGCCCACAGCAAGAUGCAGAAUUAUAA